AUGCCUCCGUCCUCCCGUCGCGCUCGGCGAUAUCUCAGGGCAGUACCACUUCCGUUAGACAGCUUCUUGCAUUUCCUCUUUUCUCGCCACACUUCUGCCUUACUGCUCUCAUGGACACUGUCCUUUGCAGUGGGAGAUGAAUCAAACAAAGGAGAAAAGGUGCAGAGUGACAUGCAUGAUCAUGACAUCCUUCAGGAUACAGACCAAGCUGUAGCUCCAAAAGCCAUUGACAUACCAACAUGUUUACUAUGUGUUUGCUUGAGUGGGUCUGUUUACUGUGAGGACGUGUCUCCUGAAAUGUCAGCUGUGCCAGCAUUGCCGAAGGAAACAGCUUAUCUCUAUGCACGCUUCAACAAAAUCACCAAAAUAACAAAUCAAGACUUUGCAGACACAAUCACACUGAAACUAAUUGACCUUCGUUGGAAUCUCAUCACGGAGAUAGAGGACGGAGCUUUUUCCAGACUUGCAAAUCUCGAGGAGCUCAAUCUUUCAGACAACAGGCUGACUAAACUGCCCACACUUCCCAUCAGGCUUAUGUCUUUCAACGCCAACUUCAAUAAGCUUACAACACAAGGUGUAAAGUCCACUGCUUUCAAGAAACUCACAAGACUGGCUUAUCUUUACCUUGGAAACAAUGAGCUGACAGCUGUGCCUCAACUUCCAGAGUCUCUUCACACUGUGCACCUACAUAACAACAAGAUCAAAACAAUGACAGAUGAGACAUUCUGCCAAGGAAACACCAGUUACUACAUUCGAGCUAACAUGCAUGAAGUGAGACUGGAUGGGAACCCCAUCCAGCUGUGGAAGCACCCUUACAGCUUCAUCUGUCUGCACAGUCUUCCAAUCGGAUGGUACAACUGAAAUAACCAGUGUCCUUAUUACAGAAGAACUAACAUUUAGUGAAAAGGUUAGACUUUUAUAUAGCCAAUGCUUGAGUUAUACUAUUAAAAAGAAUUCAGACAAGUCCAUAAACAUAACUGUUUAAUCAUUAGAAGUGACAGAAAAUUUGUUCUUCGUCCUGCGGAAUAUACAGCACUAUAUAAAUACACUAAAGACACUUUUCUUCUUGGCAGGCGCAAUUUUGUAUUUAAAGCCAAAUCAAGUAGUUCAAACAUGAUUGUGAGCAUACAGUAUGUGUAAUUUGGUAGAUAUAACAAUAAAAUGUGCAUGAUUUUACCAUAA